UUUAAAGUCGCGACAUCGCGGGCGGCGGCUCAGUGGAAGAAGGCGGCGGAGGAAGAGGAGGAGGAGGAGGGUGGGAUUGAUUUUUUUUUUUAAUUUUUUUUUUUAUUUUUUUCCCCCUCCUCCACGCGGAUUUUUAACCAUGAAUCCCAACUGUGCGCGCUGCGGGAAGAUCGUGUACCCCACGGAGAAGGUGAACUGCUUGGAUAAGUUCUGGCACAAAUCAUGUUUCCACUGCGAGACCUGCAAGAUGACCCUGAACAUGAAGAACUACAAGGGCUACGACAAGAAGCCCUACUGCAACGCACACUACCCCAAGCAAUCCUUCACCAUGGUGGCCGACACGCCCGAGAACCUGCGCCUGAAGCAGCAGAGCGAGCUCCAGAGCCAGAUCCGCUACAAGGAGGAGUUUGAGAAGAACAAGGGGCAAAGGUUUCAGCGUGGUGGCGACACCCCCGAGCUGCAGAGGAUCAGGAAGACUCAGGACCAGAUUCAGCAACGUGAGUGUAUCAAGUACCACGAGGAGUUCGAGAGGAGCCGGAUGGGGCCCAGCCCCAGCGAGGGCUCGGAGCCGGAGCGCCGCGGUUCCCCCGAGAGCGGCGGCUACCGCCGAGCAGAGCCCCAGCAACAGCAGCAGCAGCUGGGCCAGCCCGGGGCCACAGUUUACCAGCAGCCUCCAUCCCAGUCCUACGGCUACAAGGAACCGGCGGCUCCGGCCUCGGCCCCGCGCAACGCCCCGCCCGGGGGAGGGAAGCGUUUCCGCGCUGUCUAUGACUACAACGCGGCGGACGAGGACGAGGUGUCGUUCCAGGACGGGGACACGAUCAUCAACGUGCAGCAGAUCGAUGACGGCUGGAUGUACGGCACGGUGGAGCGCACGGGGGACACGGGCAUGCUCCCGGCCAACUACGUGGAGGCCAUCUGAGCCCGGGGCCACCUCCUGCCCGCCCUGUCCCCUCCCCCCCGUGCGCCUCCUGUCCCCUCCCGCUGUCCCCGUGUCCCCUCCGGCUCCGGUUUUCUCUCGCCGGUUCAAAGCUCCGGGGCUUUCCUGCUCCUGUCCCUGGUGGGGGGAACCUCCAGAAAUCCCAGAAAAGGGACAGGGACAGGGACAGGCCACAUCAGGACCAAAUCCACGCUGUGGGGUGGGAGAGGCGAGGGGGGCUCAUCCCGAGGGUGUCCUGGGGUUCAUCCCAAGGGUGUUCUGUCCCCUGGGCUCAGGGAUGAGUUUGCAGCUUCUCAGGCUCAUCCCGAGGUUGCCCUGAGCUCAGGGAUGGGUUUAAAGCUCCUGGGGCUCAUCCCGAGGUUGCCCUGGGCUCAGGGAUGAGUUUGCAGCUCCUCAGGCUCAUCCUGAGCUUGCCCUGGGCUCAGGGAUGAGUUUCCAGCUCCUCAGGCUC